AUGGCUCUGGAAGCAUUUCAUUUUGCAGGAGUUCCCAUCACCUACCCACUUAAUCGAACAACUAUAAAUCACAACACCGCCCCCUUGGGGAGCUACAUUGAGAAAGCCUACUACGGGGAUUCCAACCCAUUCAACGAAGCCAUCUUCGAUCAGGGAAUCACUCACCGCCCGCCGCAGCUGGAGAGCGACCGCACAAAUCGAAUUCUUCUAUAUCCUGGCUCGUUCAAUCCCCCUCACGUUGGGCACUGGGCGCUUCUCGACCACGCGUUGGCGAGUAGCCAAGACAUCAACAUUAUUGCUGCAAUAAUCCUGCCACUGGAUGAUGACAGGGUAAUAGAGAAAUGCGAGGCCCUGGGCCAGAGCCUGGCAUUCAGCAAGGAGCAGCGAGUUCAAAUUUGGCGAGGAUAUGGACCGCAUGACAAAUACUGGGCGUAUGGUGGCAGCGAGGGGGAAUGGCCUUCAUUCCGCCAUCGCCUAAAUGAGGACUGCGCUCGGGAUGGAUUCGAAGUGAAGUUCAUCGUGUUGGCGGGCCCAGACCAAGUGAGCCAGGAUGACGUUUCGUGGAACCCACGGGAUUGUGAAGAGAUCCUAGUCAGCGAUGUUUCCCGUUCUGCGGACUUCACGACCUCAGAAGGUACAUUAGAACAGUUCGAGGAAUGUGAUCCCUGGGAACCUGUUUUCUGGAACGAGGAAGCAGCAACACGACAUGCCACGAGCAGUGCAGCAUUUCUAGGAGAUCCUAGGUACUUUGAGCACUUGAUGGAAACCCUUCGCUCCGAUGACAUGAGCAAGACCGAGAGCGUGAGCAUUUGCUACCGCAAAGCUGUCCCCACCCACAGCAUCCGCUUUAUUCCUGCUCAGGGCGAGAUAGUGCACAUCAGUUCUACACUCAUUCGGACCAUCAUUGAGGAGUGUGAACCGGCGAGACUGGAGGAAGAGCUAAAAGACAUAGCUCUGCAUCCCGAGAUCUUGGUCGAAUUUGUCAGGGCUCAAGUUCCCCGCCAUGGGGGAUGUCUCCGGGCAUCCAUUUCGACACCCAUUUCGUACCGCACCCAUGCGGAUUGA